AUGGGCGUGACACAGAACAAAACCCUGCUCUUGCCAUCGGGCAUCAAGAUCUUCUAUCGAGAACAAAGCCAGAUACGGGAUGCUCCAGUCAUCCUACUACUUCAUGGCUUCCCCUCAUCUUCACACCAAUAUCGCAAUUUGAUUCCUCUUCUUGGGGCCCAGUAUCGUGUGAUAGCCCCCGAUUUGCCUGGGUUUGGAUUCACCGAAACACCGUCCACCUUCAAAUACACUUUCGACAACCUAGCAACGACCAUGGCAGAGUUUCUUGACGAACUCUCCAUCACCAGCUUCUCCAUGUACAUAUUUGACUACGGCGCACCGACCGGCUUGAGACUCGCCCUCCAGCGACCAGCUUCAAUUCAAGCCAUAAUCUCCCAGAACGGAAACGCCUACGUCGAAGGCUUCGGCGAUGUCUGGGGUCCUAUUCAAGACCUCUGGGCUAGCAACAACGCGCCCGAGAAUCGCACCAAGGUCGCGCAGGCCAUGCUCACUCUCGAGAUGACCAAAUUCCAGUAUGAGAAUGGUACUCCGGAUGUUAGUCGCAUUGCACCGGAGUCAUAUUAUCUCGAUUACGCCUUGAUGGAGCGGCCUGGAAAUAAGGAAAUCCAGUUGGAUUUGUUUAUGGAUUACCAGACCAAUGUGGCUCUGUAUGAAGAUUUCCACGCCUAUUUCCGAAAAUCCAGCGUCCCUCUUCUCGCUAUUUGGGGCAAGAAUGAUGUGUUUUUUAUUCCGCCGGGAGCGGAGGCUUUUAAAAGGGAUUUACCGGAUGCUGAAGUCAAGCUGAUUGAUGCAGGGCAUUUCGCUGUGGAGACUGACUUUGAGAAUAUUGCGCAGGAGAUUUUGACAUUCUUGGGCAGACGUUAUCUGUGA